AUGCAUUCCAUACUUCGCCCCUUAAAGCACGCCCGGGCUAGUGACCUCCUGACCCGCCAGGCCACUGCUCCUACCGUCUCGCAUCUAAAGGUCAGCGGACUCGACUGCCUACACCAGCCCCAUCACAUCCACCAAGUCCAACAGCUCCUGCAGAAAACGGGGCUUGUAAAACUCAGCCUAGAGUUCUCCGACGACAGCAGUCGGUAUCUUCAAGGCUUGAUUGUGGGGUUGAGCCAGUUCCACGGCCACGGGCUUCCCAUCGACCACAGCGCCUCCCAGGGCUGGUUCUGGGAAAUCCGGCCGAGUGCCGCGCAAUUCCAAAGUAACGGAUGCCAGGCCCGAUCCGAGACGAUGGAGGAGUUCCCUUGGCACACAGACUGCAGCUACGAGGAGCAUCCGCCGCAAUAUUUCGCAUUACAGGUCCUCCAGCCGGACCAGCGCGGCGGCGGUCUCUUCUCGGCCCUUCACAUCCAACACAUCCUCGACCGGCUGUCCCCGGUUGCACGCGCAGCGCUCGGCCGUCCUGAGUUUCGCAUUACCGUGCCCCCGGAGUUUGUGCGAGCGAGUAAUAAGAGCCACAUUAUCGGCAGCAUCCUCGCCAUGAGUAGUAGCGACAGAGGCAGGGACGGCCACGGCGGAGUCGCGACCGGCAGGGUGACAAUACGGUUCCGCGAGGACAUCGUCACGGCCCUGACUUCGGAAGGCGCCCGAGCGGUGGAGGAACUCAAGACUGUCCUGAUGAGCCCCGGGGCGCGUCGCGACACGCUCCAUCUGCCGGCCGAGGACAUGCCGCGUGGCUCGAUCUUGGUGCUCGACAACCGACGCUGGCUACACGCGAGGAACGAAGUCAAGGAUCCGGCGCGCCAUCUCCGCCGGGUGAGAUGGGACGCGAGAGCCUUCAGCUCAACAAAGCCCUAA